GUCAGAUUGCAAUAAACUAGAAGCUGUUGGUCGGGCCCGCGGAAAUGGGCGAGCAUAAUCUCCUUAAUCCAGGGUUUGUGGGACCUUUGGUAAACAUCCACACUGGAGACACGUUUUAUUUCCCGAAUUUUCGAGCUUCAGGGGGACAACUGGCGGGGCUACCGUCGCUCUCCUACCCGAGAAGGGACAAUGUUUGCUCCCUCCCGUGGAAUCCUUCGGAGCCGUGCAAUGGAUACUCUCAAUCCUACUUUAGCAGCCCCGUGUCUAUUAACCCUUCUUUCAACCGCUCGUGUGAAAUUAGCAGACCAGAAGAGGGCAAAUGUUACUAUAACAACGGCAGCGGGAGCAGGGAGACAUGUUCAGGUGGCAGCAGCAGCCUCAAACGGGAGGACAGGGCGAGAGACACAUCAUCAUUAACAUCUGACCACGGGAUGCACGCUGGGAUUGGCAGCACGGCCACCUUCUCCAAAUAUGAUUAUGGGAGCGAGCAGCUAACGCAAGACCCGCCAUCCUGUCAGUCAAUGGAGUCCGACUCCAGCUCCUCGCUGCUCAACGAGGGCAGCAAGCCUUCAUCCAGCGACACACAGACCCUGGUGUCACCGGGAAGCCAUGCAAGCAACAUAGCCGCAGGCGGAGCUGCCCCGUGGUACCCGAUGCACACCCGCACCAGAAAGAAGCGCAAACCCUACUCUAAGCUCCAGCUGGCUGAGCUCGAGGGUGAAUUCAUGAUGAAUGAGUUCAUCACAAGACAGCGGCGGAGGGAGCUCUCUGACCGUCUGAACCUCAGCGACCAACAAGUCAAGAUCUGGUUCCAGAACCGCAGGAUGAAGAAGAAGAGACUCAUGCUGAGGGAGCAAGCUUUGGCCUACUUUUAGAGAUGCGGCAGAAGGUGAAUCGAUAGGCAGUAAAAAAUAGAAAAAAAGCCAAGCCGCCUACGCUCCCUUAGGUCUUCUUUCAGUGCAUGCACUCAUCUAUCCAUCUUUUACGUUACAGGCAAUUAUCAGCACAUUUUCUUAUCAGUUUUCUUCAAAGGUGCGGGCGAUGUAAGCCCAAAAACACGCCACUAGUUGGCAUUCAAAGCUAUAUUUACACACUUAUAACAGUACUGUAAUAUGUUUGUUACAUUCGCUCAAAAAGCUCUGACAACUGUUUCAUGUAUCUUGUUUCUUUUGAUUUGUCAAGAGGACAAUGUAAGCCACGCGUAAUAUGUCGCCAAGACAGUAGCCCAGAUUUAAGGAUGACGCAAAACGUCAACAUAUUUUUUUUGUUCCAAUUUGAAUCCGAACAUAAUGAAAACGGAGCGUGGCCACUUGGUAAAAUGUCAAAAAAAAAAAAAAAAAAAAUAGGUCUAAAAAUAAUAAUGAGGUCAGAAAGACAGAAAAGUCUGAAGCCGAAUCCGCCCAAUCUUUGCUCUGUGGCUGUGAUCUGAUGAAGAAAAGUCUCGCUCCCACUUGACGAAUACUUUUCACAGCCGUAUUUGUUUAGAAAAAGAAUCAUUGUUUUAUCAUUUGUUUUCAUCUGGCGCUGUGACACGUUCAUGGUCACGGGCAGGAAGUCUGCAUGAGGAGAGGGAGGACUUCAACCGCAAUGUAAUCCAUAUCCCUAUGACAGCGCAUUGAAAAAAACACCACUAUUUUGUUCAGGUGCUAACAAGUUACUAAAAGUAUUUUCUUACUUUUAUUACCUGUCGACUUGUACGAACAACAGCUACAGCUGCAAGGGUUUCAUUUCUUCAGUUGAGUUAGAUCGCCGUUUGUAAAUGGGUUUGAGCUGCUAUUAAAAGUCCCCAUCCAGACUGCCAGUUAAAUAGUUUAUUCAAUAAUAACCUCGGUAGUAUCUGUAAAGGAAAUAUUCUAAAAUAAAUACAUAUUAAGGCCAUAAGAUUCAACAAAGGAGCCGCCUGAAGUUGCGUCUGGUCCGUGGAGGGUGUGUUUGAAUUGUAGGCCUAAAAGAGCAUUUCUGAAACCUGGUGCUCACAAUGGAAAUAAGUAGUAGAAGUUUAGAAAAUUGAAUAAUCUCCCUUAAAUCGAGAGGAAUGCAGUGACUCAUCUGUCAUGUAUAACGAGUAAGCUAUAGCAGUGAAAUGUAUUUGAAGCAUGUUAUUGAUGUGAAAUAGCUAUAAGUCAUUUUUGCGGGCCACUUUUUCUAUAGGCUAAGUUACUUUUUUUUUUUUUUUUUUUUUACAUUUUAUUUUCCUUAACAAAUCACAUGCAAACAUCAAGUUUGCGUUUAAGACGCAAACGACUACAAAGAAUGUAUUAUUAUUAUUAUUAUUAUUAUUAUUGUUAUUAUUAUUAUAGUGAAAUGACGGAUGGCCUGUUAGGCAUACGUUAUGUACUUGCUCCUUGCCACGUGCUCAUUGUCCCUCUCCUUACCUUGUACUCGUGUAUAACUUUGUAAAAUGAAAUUACAUAUAUGUUACUAUUUGCAUCCUGUUUGAGGAUUCCUUAUCGCUAUGUAUCAGUGUUUUAUGUUACUGAUCCUCGUGUACAAUAUCGCAUUCCAUAUUGCCUAUUUGUGGUUGUAAGGGUUGGAAAUGUAGGCCUAUUGCAGUAUACUGCCAAGAAUGGGUAUAAGAAACGGUAUGCAAGAAAAUGUACUAUAAAUGACAUUUAAAGAAUCCCUGUUCCUGUGAAAUAGUUGUUUGUUCUCGUUCUCUUCUUUUCGUCCCUCAUCGCAUUCCCUUCUUUGCGCUUGUAAGGAUUGCUACGUUGUCUUGUAAAAGUAAUAAUGAUAUGAAUGUAUAUGCGUAAGGUCUUCAAUAAACAGAAUAUUGAAACGUU